AUGGUUUUCUGGCCACCCAAGCGGAGACAGAAUUCUUCUUUUUCGGGUUCGGCCAGAACUGUUUUCUACGUCGAGGGCGACAAGAAACGCGCGAGGAGCCCACCCCCUACGCAACUCGAGCAGGCGCCGCCGACGAGAACUUUGAGAGAGUCCGAACUCAAACGACUUGCAAAGAUGGUCGCGGCGAGAGUUGCGGUCAGCAUCGAGGAGCUACAUAGCUCGCUCGCGGCAUGUUACGAAACAAUCAAUAACAGGCCAACAACAGGAUGCAGCCAGCAGGAAGUGCUCCUUCUCCUCCAAGACAACUGUUUCUUCCCAGUUGUCGAGCAGAUCUGGAGGGAAAUUGAGCUGUUGGAGGGCCGCUCUCUCAAGGGCCACGAGCAGGAACAACUUGUGGACUUUAUCCGCUCGCGAGGCUACCUGCUCCCCGAGGGCGUUACGCCCGAGGCCUUGCGGGACUUCGCCUUCAAGCGCGUGCUCCUGUAUAAUCUUCUCAUCGAUAUUCAGACGUGCCGCCUCCUCGCCAAGAAACGCCUCACGACGCGCCUUUCGUUUCCCAGCGCCGCGCUCUUGGGCGGCGUACGCACGCCUGAGGCGGAUGCCGCCGAGCGUGCGCAAGCGAGUUUGGAAGCUGUGAAGGCCAUUGCGCGCGCUGCCGAGGUGCCUGCAGACUCCUGCGCGUCUCUGCAUGAGGCCGUUCAGAAAGGCGUUCUCCCUCAAGCUUCGCAGAAGCUCCGCGGGAGGGCCGUAGAACCGAGCUCGCAAGCACUUGUUCCGGCGCUGCCGGCAGAGGCGCUCCCAGACGGCGCCCUCUUGAAGGACAUAGCCACCAUCACGAAGGUCCUCGACCGCGGGUACCAGCUGCGAAGACGAGUCAUGCUCGGGCGACUCGACGUGACGAUUCAGGCCUUUCUCUGGUCAAAGAAAGCUGCGGAAAACGAGGCUGCGAUCGCGACGCUGCUGCAGGGGAUGAUGGGAUGGCGCGAGGCUCUGCUGAAUAAACAUGUGAACGUCUACGACGUUUUCGCGGUUGACAAGUCGCUUCUCACCUCGCGUCUGUCGCUGCCGAUUUCUCGCACGGCGGACCCCAGCAAGGCAGUCCUGCCGAUCAAGACGCUAAUCAUAGGGCCGGUGCCCGACCGCGGGGGCAUUCCCGAGGGAUAUACGAUGCAGCAGAUUCGCAGCGACGUGCGACGCGCGAACGAGUCCAUGAGGCAGAGAGACAGCGACCGAAGACCAGCCUUCAGCGGACGCGGCCGAGGCGGCGGGCACUGGCGAGGCGGGGGCCAUCGCAGCGACUUCACGUCGCGUGACCAGUUUUCUUUUUCGCAGUCUUCGUCUGGCUCGCGAGGCAGGGGCUACGAGGCAACUGCCAACGCUGCGAAAGGCAGCUUUGAGAAGCGCGGGAGAGACGCGCGCUCUGCGCCGAGUCGGGGCGGAGACGACAGACAGUUCCGGUCAUUCCAGAACCAGCCGGGCAGAGGCCGCGGCGUGGGAGGGCGAGGCGGAGGAGGCUUCGGAGGCAGGGUCGCGGAUCGGCCGGCGACCUGGAGCUCUGCGCGGUGA